AUGGGCGCAGCCCGGCCGUGGCAGCCCCUCGCCGGCGCCGUCGUCGGCGCUUUGGGCCUGGCCUGCCUCCUGCGGCGGCCGGCGUCGUCGGCGGGCGGCGCCCUGCGCCUCGAGGCGGCGGCGCCGCUCCGCUUCGGCGCGCGGGGUUCCUACGCCACGACCGCGGGCGUCGGCUACCCCUGGCUCGACGGCGAGGUGCUCGUCGAGCCCUUCCGCGAGACGACGCUCUACGCGGUGAACCACAACGGCGAGGCCGUGACCUGGAUGGUCGACGGCGCGCACGCCGUCGGCGAGGAGACGGCGCGGACCUUCGACGCCGUCGGCGAGCACGCGGUCUGGCUCGAGACGCGGACGCGGGCCUACGCGUCGCGCGUCGUUUGUCGGUACGUGCGCCGGGAGAUCCGGAGCCUCAGCGACGACGACCGCGAGGCGUUCUUCACCGCGGCGGGCGUGCUCUACGCGACGCCGGACGCCGAGGGCGCCCGGGCGUACGGCCGCGCGUACAAAUCCGCGGCCUACUUCAUCGCGACGCACAACGAGCUCAGCGGCGACCGGACCUGCGACCACUUCCACGACGGUUUAGGGUUCCUGCCCCAGCACGCGGCCUUCACGCUGCGCUUCGAGCGCGCGCUCCAGAGCGUCGAUCCCAAGGUGUCGGUGCCCUACUGGGACUACACGAUCGAGGCCCACGACGUCGCACUCGCGGGCGACAUGGCCGCCUGGCGCCGGUCGCCCGUGUUCCGGGACGACUGGUUCGGCGACGCCCAGCCCGAGGGCCACGUCGUGAACGCGGGGCGCUGGGCCUACACGGCCGUCGCGAGGGCGUCGCCCUCGGACACGGCGAACGCGUACGGCCUGAUCCGCGCGCCCUGGAACGUGAACAAGGUGCCCUACCUCACGCGCGCGAACACGACCUUCGGGUUCUCCCUGAGCGACGUGCCGUCCUGCGCCGACCACUACUCCGUCAUGCAGACGACGGCGUGGUCCGAUUUCGGCGUCGACGUCCAGUACAACGCGCACGGCACCGUCCACGCGAUGAUCGGCGGCGUCACGGGCGCCGACCUGCAAGCGAAAUUACUGGGCCUGGGCAUGCGCGCCAUCCCCGCGGAGAACAUCGCCCUCGAGGCCUUCGCGACGCAGAAGAACCUGUGGCGCGCGGGGCAGCUCGACUGCCCGACGGGCUGCUCGGCGGACGCGCCCGUCAACGACUGCAAGUGCGCCUGCACGAAUCUGCAGACCUGGCUCGACGAGGACCGCGCCGCGGGCAUCCUGCUGUCCGUGUCGCCCAUCUUCGCGGACGACCUCUACCUCACGAACCGCCGCGGCGCCGACGUCUCGGAGGCGAUCCUAUCGGCGCUCUGCAACGUCGGCGACGACCUCGCGCCGUCCAUCGGCGACUCGCUGGAGUCGGCGUCGCCGCUGGACAUCAGCUUCUACCCGACGCACCCGACCGUCGACCGGCUCUACCACUGGCGCCGCAUCAACGGCUUCUCCGACGAGACGUGGACGGACGACAUGGCGCGGUCCGUGUCCUUCGAGGACGUGGGCUACUGCUGGGGCCACAACCUCAACGACACGCUCGUCUGGGGCGACGACUUGUUCGCCGACGGCGCCGCGGGGCCCUACACGAACGCGAUGCUCUGGGCCGCGUUCGACCCGACGGACGGCAACUCGCCCACGCCCUACGUCUACGACACCUUCGAGUGGCCCCACUGCGCGGCCCAGGGCUACCCGCUCACGCUCAUCGGCAACGCGACGAACGCCGAGGCCUCGGGCAAGGCCAUGGUCGACGACGCCGUGGAGUACGUCGCGCGAGCCGUGGGCUGCCUCGCCGCCGCUGCGGCGGCCGGCGGCAAUGCGGCCGUGCCCAAGGUCGCGUUCACGGCCGGCUACAACAACAGCAACUGCGAGGCGCACCCGCACGCGGGCGUCGAGCUCGCGGACGGCGGCUGGCUGAUGGUCGGCGACUCGGUGUGCUGGGACGGCAGCGCGGCCUACGACCGCGCCGUCUUCGUCGUCGCGACGGAGCGCGACGGCACCGAGCGCUGGACGCGCGUGCUCGGCGACCGAGGCUUUAACUACGGCAAGUACGGCACGCAGCUCUCCGACGGCACGGUGCUGGUCGCCGGCGUCAAAUCUGUUGUCGAGGAGGCGGCCAAGAAGCGGGGCUUCCCCUACGUCGAGAGCCGCGCGCUCUGGCGCCUCGACGAGACCGACGGCUCGACGAUAUCCGAGACCGUCUUCGAGAACGAGGGCCGCCUCGACGGCGCGCGCGACGGCUUCAUGUGCGCGACGCCGGCCAUCGACGAUCCCAUGACCGUCUUCGCGACGGGCUUCCAGGGCGGCGACAGCGGCUGGGACGGCAAAACGUACGACGAGGACCCCAUGUUCCUGCUCUACGGCGGCCUCGCGUUCGCCGCGAAGCUCAAGUUCGGCGACCGCGCCGUCGGCGCGGACCCGGAGACGCUCUUCCACGUGGCGCUCAACGUCUCGGACAAGUUCCAGCCCAUGCAGGGCAUGCGCGUCUUCCACGGCCACGGGGCCUCGGACGGGAGCGUCGUCGUGUCCGCGGCGUCGUCCACGGGCCCCUUCGACGAGAACUACGGCUUCCACUUUUCCGCGAUGGCCGUCGACGACGCGACGGGCGCGCUGAAGUGGGCGCGCAUCUACGAGGCGGGCCUCCACGCGUCGCACCCCUACGCGCUCGUCCUCUCGCCCGCGGGCGACGUCGUCAUCGCGGGCUUGGCCGUGCCGUCCGCGAACGACGACUUCUACAACCCCGUCGGCCGGCUCCUGAAGGCCCGCGGCGGCGACGGCGCCCAGGUCUUCGACGCGCGGCAAAAGGACCGCGAGACCCGGGACUACAACGUCGAGUGCUACGGCGUCGACAACGCGCCCGCGGGCGGCUUCGUCGUCACCUGCGGGAACGGGCCCGAGGCGCCGCCGAAGUGGAUGGACUGCCACGAGGCCGCCUGGGACGCCUACCUCUACGAGACGGACGCCGACGGCAAAACGCUGUGGGCGGCGAACCUCACGGACGCGUCGGCGGAGUGCAUCAACGACGCGGGCGAGUUCGUCGUGACCGCGCGCGACGGCGGCUUCGCGGUCUACGUCGACAGCGGCACGCUCGGCCGCCCGGGCACGGGCGGCAACUUCGGCCUCGUCAGGCUCGCCGCCGAGUGA